UUAGCGUGAUAGUCACAAGACCACGAGCAUAACAUCAUUUACAUAGCAAACAAGCAUCCUCAACAGCUCAAAUACAACCAUCACAAUCCGAUUGGCGGUGCUGUUCUGUUGCGGAUCCACUGAAACUUUUGCGACAAAAUGAAGUCGGCUUGUUGCGUGAUCGCGGUACUGGUUUGCGUGACUGUACUAGCCAGAAAUGUAGAUAGCAAGACAUGGGGUCUGCUUAUAGCCGGCUCAAAUACAUGGGAUAACUAUAGACAUCAGGCUGACAUCUGUCACGCGUAUCAAAUACUGCACAGAAAUCAAAUUCCUGACGAGAACAUCGUGGUGAUGAUGUACGAUGAUAUAGCACAGAAUCCCGCAAACCCAACUCCUGGUAAAAUCAUCAACAAGCCGAAUGGACCGGACGUUUACCACGGAGUUCCAAAGGAUUACACCGGAAAGGACGUCACUCCGAAGAACUUUCUGAGUGUUCUAAAAGGAGAUAAAGAUGCUGUGCAAGGAAUUGGCAGCGGGAAAGUCAUUGACAGCGGCCCGGAUGAUAAUGUUUUUGUAUAUUUCGCUGAUCACGGAGCUCCAGGCUUGGUUGCCUUCCCCGGCGUUGCUCCUCCACUGAAGAAGAAGCAGCUCCUACAAGCCAUAAAUUUCAUGCACCAGAAAAACAAGUAUAAACAGAUGGUAAUUUACGUAGAGGCUUGUGAAUCAGGAUCAAUGUUCGCCGACGGAGGACUUCCUAAUAAUAUCAAAGUCUUUGCGACCACCGCCGCCAACCCGCGUGAAUCAUCUUACGCUUACUACUGGGACAACAAAAGAGAUACUUACCUCGGUGAUCUCUAUAGCAUUUCCUGGAUGGAAAAUUCAGACAAGUCGAAUCUAACCUCGGAGACGCUUCAACAACAAUUUCUAAAGGUUAAAAAGAGGACAACACAAAGUCAUGUUCAGGAAUACGGCGAGCAGGAUAUGUCGGCUGAUUCUGUCAUUGAUUUCCAAGGAGAAGGCAAAGAAUCUUGGUUGCCAGCUAAAGAUACAAACGAAUAUGAUACUAACGAUGCGGUGCCAUCCCCUGAAGUACCAAUGGCCAUUCUCGAACAUCGUCUCGAAAAGGCAUCCUCUUCAGAAAAAGUGAAAAUUGAAAUGAAAAUGCUAAGUCUUCUUCGCGAAAGACAAAGAGUUAGAGAAACUGUGGAAAAAAUUGCUGAAGUUGCGACCCACGGUGAAGAACAGAAAUUCAGGGUCUUGGAAGGAUCUUCUGGUAAAGUGACCGAGCUGGAUUGUCAUGCUGAAGUCGUAGAUGCUUUCCAUGAGAAAUGCUUUGCUUUGGGAAAGAGUGAUGCUGCAUUACGUCAUGUUUAUGUUCUCGCUAACUUGUGUGAAGAGAAGAUACCUUUGCCACAAAUCCUGUCGGCAAUCAACGAAAGUUGUUAAGACAGCUCUGAAGACGGAAGUUUUAGCAACUUCUAAGUUAUUUUUUAGUGAAAAUUAAUUUUUUUUGUAGAAAUGAAAUAGUUGUAUAUUAGUGUAUAGAGAAAUCUAUGUAAUAGUUUAGAGAAUGAUUUUGUAAGUUUUAAUAAAUGCGGGUAAUUUUCAUAGGAA